AUGGAGCCAGUGUACCAGCAGCAGCAGCAACCGCUGCAGCAGCAACUUGGAGACACUCAGACGCCUCCCCUGAGCCAGCAGCAAACGCAAUACGGUGCAGCACAGACUGCUGCUCAGGAUGCACCGUCGGGUAUCGCGGGACUCCUGAAGCAAUGGAUGGCACCGAUUCUAAGGGACAGCCGCGAAUUACUAGUGUCAAAGCUGUUCUAUCUCUUCUUCUUCGCGGCUUUCGGUUCCCUUUUCCCCCUGCUCGGCGUCUACUUCAAGCAACUGGGAAUGAACGCGCUGCAGUGUGGCAUCCUAAUGGGGAUAAGACCACUCAUCGAAUACCUGUCUUCACCGUUCUGGGCCGGGGUCGCCGAAAAAUACAGAAAGGGUAAAAUGAUUCUACUCUGUUCCCUGGCAUCGUGGCUCCUGUUCACGAUGUCGUUCAAUGUUGUGCAGCCCGCCGCGACGUCGUGUAUCACAUUCAAUAGAACCCACCAUUUACUCUACCCACCCAACACGAAUGAAAUCGACUUGUCCGAGACCGAAGCUGUCAAUAUUCGACCCAAAAGGGAAACAAUGACUACUUUCUGGCUGAAUGACGACCCCGAUGUUGAGGAUCUUGUGGACUCUACAUACACGGGAGAGGAACCUCGUCCGAGAGACAAGCGGGGAGGUCCUCCUCAGCAUUGGAACCAUCGCAGACCAGGUCCUCCUCCGCCCCAAGGAGCUCGUACUCCUCUGCACAACCGGCGACGACCCGCGCAGCAGCUCCCACCGAAUUACGUGAUCGGCAAAUCGCCCAAUACCGUGGAGUACACGCUCAACUACAAUAAGGAGAAGCAUGAAACUUAUGUUUCGCCCCCAUUCUCUUCUGUUGUCUACCGUCUAGAGGACGUGCAGGCGGCUUUCUUCCUCAUGAUACUUCUGGUGAUCCUCGGCGAGUUCUUCUCUUCACCAGCCAUCACACUGGCCGACUCGGUUACGCUGACUUAUCUGGCGGACCGACCCGACGAUUAUGGACGACAGAGGAUGUUCGGAUCGAUCGGAUGGGCUGUCGCCAUGUUAUUCUUGGGAAUCGCGUUGGAUCGUUCCACGUCGUUCUCGGCCCAUCCUUGCGCAAAGCCCUCCGACCGAGAGCGCAACUACAACGUGUGCUUCGCCACGUUCAGCGUCCUCAUGGGUUGCGCCUUCGUUGUGGCCACUCAGUUCCGCUUUGACUACGAGUACGAUUUUCUAUUCCCUGCAGAACAAGGGGAUCAAUCCGACGUCCAAAUGAAACAGCUCAGAGCAGGCAGCGUCAAAGUGAAAAAUUCUCAGAGGGGUUUCUCUAAUGAGAUCACGAUUGAGGAUAUCGCUCCAGGAAUACCGACCGCCGAUCAGAUCACUACUGACCAACAGCAUGCGGAACCGGAACCAGCUAAAAGCAACGUCUUCGCUCACCAUAUGCGACACCUGCCGCAAAUCAUGUCCGUUCUACACACCGUUGCCACUCCGCGUUAUGCGACAUUCCUGCUGGCCGCCUGGUGUAUGGGUUUCGGGAUCGGGCUUGUGUUCACUUUCCUUUUCUGGCAUUUGCAGGAUUUAGACGGAACUCCCACUUUGUUCGGUCUCGCUUCCGUUGUGAACCACAUUUCUGAAAUCGGGGCGUUUUUCUUCAGCUAUAAAUUCAUUCGCAAGUGGGGUCAUCAGAAAGUCUUGUGUUUCGGUUUGACCGGGAACGUUCUCCGAUUUCUCUAUUUGGCGUACGUAUCGAAUCCCUGGUUGAUUCUCCCGUUCGAGCUCCUUCAGGGUGUAACGCAUUCUGCGGUCUGGGCAGCGUGUGUGUCGUACGUCGGAGCCGCGACUCCCACGGGUCUCCGAACAUCCGCGACUGGAGUCCUCCAAGGACUUCACCACGGAUUCGGCCGAGCGAGCGGCGCUGUCAUCGGGGGCUUCAUCAUCACCCAAUAUGGGACUCAAAUGACAUUUCUUGGGUAUUCCCUGUGCUGCCUGAUCGUUCUAGCGGCCUUCAUUUCGACCCAUUAUACAGCGACCGGUCAGGGCGAACAAAACGGGUUCAUGGCGUUCGAAACCGACCACCCCGCCGAAGGCGCCGCGGGAGCCGCUCAUCUGGCUCCUCAUGGGGUCCCUUCAAGUCCGAUGGCUCGCUCUUUGUCGAAGCAAAACCUGGGAAAUCAACCGACUCAACAAGCUGCCGAUACUAAGUCACAAACUCAGGGCGGAUACCUAGCCGUGCCCUGA